GAAACGCAAUCUGCGUGUGUUUAUAGGUUUCGAAAAACGGUGCGACGUGUGAAAUUUUCCUGCUGCAAUUUUUAAAUUCGGAAAAAUCGUAAUUACACUUUUAAUUCGCGGCAGUAGCGUGUUCUCGCGGAAGUGUCCCGGGUCAAGGAAGUGAAGCUCACUGGCAGCUGGUCGAAAAAGUGGAAUCUUCCGUCACCAGAAGUGUUUUUCGAAUUUGGCUUUCGUCAACAUAGUAAUAUGUGUUGAUCUGAAGUGCAUUUUCCAGUAUGUGGUUUGCGAAAAUUAUCAGUUCGAAUACAUAGUUGACUCCCCUAAAUGAAAAGCUGUUUUUGAACUCCCCCACACGAAUUCGGUCGGAAGCGAAGAUAAAUUUGGCUUAUAUUGCUGAACCAAAACGCAGUGUUCUUCCCACUCGAAACAGUGAUCAUCCGGAGAGAGUGCAGCGACAGAAAUUUGUGUUCUUAUUCGUGGCUUCAUAAGCAAAAGUGCAUACGAAAAACAUCGAAAAUUGUGUGAACUGGAGAACAAUAUCGAUUCUUGAAAAGCCAAGUUCACGUUGGGAAAAGUGCAAUCAAAUUAUCCCACAAUAUCAGGAAAAAAUAAACCGUUCGACAUCAGUGGAAAAUGUUCAGCCCGGACUAUGAGAAACGGAUUUUGAAACACUGCAGUCCGGUAGCCCGGAGUCUCUUCACUGGUGGGGAAUCGUCAUCUGCUCUGGACCGGUUCAUCCCAUGUCGCGCCAACAACAACUGGCAGACCAACUUUGCCUCCCUGAGUUCCAAGUCGAACGAAAACUCUCCACAAUCGAACAAGAAGCAGCGGGACUGUGGAGAAACGGCCCGGGACAGCCUGGCCUACAGCUGCCUGCUCAAGAAUGAACUGCUCGGCACAGGCAUCGAGGACGUCAAAUCCGUGGCAGAGGAUAAGGUUGGCCUGCUGUCCAACAGCAAUCGGCCCGGUCUCUUCAAGUACCAGUCACCCACCAAGCAGGACUACAACGAGCAGUGCCCCUACUCGCUGUCGCCGGUGAGCAUCAAAAGCCAGAAGCUGCUACGCUCGCCCAGGAAGGCAACCCGCAAAAUUUCGAAAAUUCCCUUUAAGGUCUUGGACGCACCGGAACUGCAGGACGAUUUCUAUCUCAAUUUGGUGGACUGGUCCGCGCAGAACGUGCUGGCCGUUGGGCUCGGCAGCUGCGUGUAUCUGUGGAGCGCUUGUACUAGUCAGGUGACCCGUUUGUGCGAUCUUAGCUCCGAUGCAAAUACCGUCACAUCGGUUUCGUGGAGUGAACGUGGCCAUCAGCUGGCAGUCGGAACGCACCAUGGCUACGUCACCGUAUGGGACGUGGCAGCCAGUAAACAGGUCAACAAAUUGCAAGGCCAUUCUGCUCGAGUUGGCGCGCUUGCCUGGAACAGUGAUGUUCUCUCGAGCGGGUCUCGAGAUCGUCUUAUCAUGCAGCGAGACACCCGCACGCCGGCACAAGUGUCCGAACGGCGUCUAGUUGGUCAUAGGCAGGAAGUUUGUGGACUAAAAUGGUCCCCAGACAACCAAUACCUGGCCAGCGGUGGCAACGACAAUCGGUUGUACGUGUGGAAUCAGCACUCCUCCAAUCCGGUGCAAUCGUAUUCGGAACAUAUGGCAGCAGUGAAGGCCAUCGCUUGGUCACCACAUCAUCAUGGAUUACUGGCAAGCGGAGGCGGUACGGCAGAUCGUUGUAUACGCUUCUGGAAUACAUUGACUGGGCAGCCAAUGCAAUGCGUCGAUACAGGGUCGCAGGUUUGUAAUCUGGCCUGGUCCAAACACUCGUCGGAACUGGUGUCAACCCAUGGGUACUCUCAGAAUCAAAUUCUUGUUUGGAAAUAUCCCUCACUAACUCAAGUCGCAAAACUGACCGGACAUUCGUAUCGAGUGUUGUAUCUGGCUUUGAGCCCUGAUGGUGAAGCGAUUGUAACCGGUGCCGGGGACGAGACUUUGCGUUUCUGGAACGUUUUCAGUAAGGCAAGGAGUCAAAAAGAGAACAAGAGUGUACUAAAUCUUUUUACGAACAUUCGAUAAGGGUGAGGUGAGCUACUAUUCAUUGCCUUGGGUGAACGAUAAUUUAACCCUGCUGAGAACCAUAGAUGCUUCCAGAACUCUCUAGUAUAAUAAGCGAAUUACCAACCACCGGAGAACACAUUAGUAUCUAUUUGCUAUCGAUUCUUACCAUAUUUGUUCAGGCGUCAGUCUGCAUCACUUCACCCCAAAAAAACUAAUUUAUUUAUAUGCCUUAGUAUAUAUUUUUGUAAUUAUAUUUUCUUUUUGAAGGAACUUAUUGAGAAUUUGCUACGAAGAGUUAUUUUUGUAUGAAGCAAAGGCAAACCAGGUUUGAAAUGAUUGAUGAUUGCGCAGUGGUAUUGUUAGAAUGAACAGCGAAAUAUAUAUAUUUUUAUUCGAGAAUUGUACAGAAGUGGAUUUCGUCGAAUCCGACGAAUUUAUUUAAUUUAGUUAGUUAAUUUUACAAGCACCGUUAGAAGCGGCAGACGGAAUAAAUUGGGACUCCACUCACCCUUUCAUUAGGAUCGAACAUUUGAAUUUCUUCUUGCUCAGAACGGUUAGCGCAGUAGUACUGAUUUGUUUGUUAUUAAAUCUUAUUGAACAAAGUUUAUUGUACAUUUCUUAUAUCUAUCAUUUCGGUUUUCUAGAUUUUAGCACUUUCGAUUCAAUAGGUAUAGACUCCUUUGCAGCAUGAGAUCUGGCAAUAUAUCAUCUUGAAUCGUUCAUCAUCCGAGAAGAUAUUUUUCCAGUCCUCGUGAUCUCAAUCAUAGAAUAAGUUUGAACUAAGCUGCUAGUGCAAACCUUCAUUAACUACACUACACCUUGAGUAAUAAACACCUUAUUGAGACAAUGACACAUGCUUGAAAUUUGAACGUCAUUUUUCCGUUUGACGGUUGCUUGUUUGUUGCAUACUUGAAAAUGGAAAUAAGGAUAAUAAAAUUUUUCAUAUUGUUUCUGAGCGUUGUUAAACAAAAAGGUUGUUUGUUAUCAAGGAAUAUUUAAAUAAGGUAGUGUCGAGAGCCAUAUUGGAUUUUUUUUGUGACGUCACAAAAACGAUUGUAUCGAAAAUUUAUGUGAGAAUGGUAGGAAUUUCAAAGAAAAACACGUUUUAGAACGAAAUCGAAUUCCAAUUUCAUUUUGAUUUUGUUGUAAGGCCUCUAUUUCAUAAUGUUAUGCAGUUUUUUGGUCCUUAGAAGAUUGAAUAAUGUUAUUUUCUUAAUUUAUUAAUGAAUGCAAUGUCGCCUUGAAGCUAAAACGUGCAAAAAUGAAGAAAAUAUCAGCUUCGAAAAGUCUAGCUGGUAGAUCUUGCGUGUCCAACUGAUUGUAAUGAUUUUAAUCCAACCGGUGUAACAUAUACAAUUCUUAUGUAGAACAAUUAAUAUCAAUUCAUGAUUGUUAACUCAGUUAACUAAAAUGCCAAUUAAAGUUUGUGGUUUGGUAUCAAAAAUUGUGUUUUGCUCAUUUUUUUGUAAUGAGGAGCUCAAACUGCACUUACUUGAACAUUUUCAUGGAAGACUUCGAACUAAUUUUAAAAUUUUGCAAAUUUCAGUGGUGAAAAUCCACAAUUUUUUCGAACUUCGAUGGUCUUUUUUAAAGAAAAAUUAUUCGUAAAUGCAACUUUUUUUGCACCCAUCUUGAAGAGUAAGAAUCCUUCUACAAUAACACGUUUUCAAAGUGGAAAAUUUCCAGGAGAUUCUUCGAAUUCUCAUCGAAAAAGGAAAGUUUUCUAGUUAAUUAACAGGAUUUUCGUGAUUGUGACGUCUCAGCCUGAACCAAUACUAGAGCAGGGCUGCCUUGGCACUACCUUCUUUAAAUAUUCCUUGGUUUGUUAUAAGUUUUUCUGUAAACAUAUUAUGACCAAAUCAAUUUUCCUUCAAUAAACGCUUAGAAACAAUCAAAAUUAUAGCGAAUGAAACAAAACAAGCUUGUUUUGAUUAUUUUAUGUAAAAUAUUUUAUCUUGAGUCAUGAGUGUCUGAUAUACGUACUGUCACAAAUCUGUAAAAUAGUUUUCGAAAUCAAAAGUCAAUAAAUCAGAUGUCUCUGAUUUAAGCAUUCAUUGUUGAAGCAUCAACAGAUCAGACUUUUAAUUUCGAAUACGAUGAUUAUAAAUUUUGCCAUUUUAACCAAACUUUAAAAAAAAUAAUUUAAGCCCCUAAAACAAGUUAAAUAGAUACAAUUGACAUCAUAGUGAAAAACAUACGCUAACGAGUUACAACAAUAAUCUAUUCAUUCUCUAGCUCUAGUGCUGAACUUCCAAAAACUUGUACGCGAUUAUUUCAUAACGUAGGUACGUCAUACUGGAAUGUAACUGUAUGUAGAAAAAAAAACAAAAUAAACUUUGAUAGUGCGGUGAAA